AGCACAGGAAAAGCAAAACGGCGGCAGCACCCUCGCUCCGGAGCUGUCUGUGGGGCUGUCACACCGGCUGGGGGAGAAGAUGUCAGACUCGGAGGGGUGCCAGAAGGAGGGUGCGGAAGGUGUGAGCCAAGUGGAAGAUGAAUCUCCUGGGGAGAGCCAGAGGCUGACAGCGCAGUGGAGCGUGGAAGACGAGGAAGAAGCGGCGAGAGAGCGGCGGCGGCGGGAGCGGGAGAAGCAGCUGAGGUCCCAGGCAGAAGAGGGCUUGAACGGCACCGUCUCCUGCUCGGAGAGCGCAGGUCCAGCACAGGAAAACCACUAUGACUUUAAGCCGUCUGGGACUUCAGAGCUGGAGGAGGAUGAAGGGUUCAGUGACUGGUCCCAGAAGCUCGAGCAGCGCAAACAGAGGUCUCCGCGACAGUCGUAUGAAGAGGAGGACGGUGGUGUGAGGGAAGCUGAAGUCAAACUGGAGCAGAUACAGCUGGAGCGGGAAAGCCCGGAGGAAAUCCAGGAGGAGAAUGUGGAUAUCGGGGAGGAAGAGAGGCUGGGCCAGGAGGAAGAACGGGUCCAAGAGCAGGAAGGAGAGGAGAGAGACAAGCAAGAGGAAAAGAAGAGAAGGAGAAACGAAGAGGAAGAAGAAACAGCAGAAAAACGCCAGAAGGCCCCAAGCCCUGCCAGCCUGGAAGAGGAGGAGCUAUGCUCUGACCACGCCGCAGCGUGCUCCAUGAAGAUCACGGACAGAACUGAGUCACUGAACCGCUCAAUAAAGAAAAGUAACAGUGUAAAGAAGACUCAGCCUCCCCUCCCUGUGUCGAAGAUCGAUGACAGGCUGGAGCAGUACACGCAGGCUAUUGAGACAUCCACAAAGGCUCCAAAACCUGUCCGACAGCCCUCUCUUGACCUUCCGACCACGAGCAUGAUGGUAGCCAGCACGAAAAGCCUGUGGGAGACUGGAGAAGUUGCAGCUCAGUCUGCUGUGAAGUCCCAGCCCUGUAAGGAUAUCGUGGCUGGAGAUAUUGUGAGUAAAAGAAGCCUUUGGGAACAGAAGGGCAAUUCCAAACCUGAGACCAAUAUCAAGUCCAACCCUUCUGGCAAGAAGUAUAAAUUUGUUGCAACAGGCCAUGGCCAGUACAAGAAGGUGUUGAUAGAUGAUGCUGCGGAGCAAUAGCAUGCCUGGAGAACUCAUUAACCAGCUGAGCUUGGUCCUGGCUCGAUGCAACCUUCAAUGCCACUAUUUCCUCUGCUCCACAGAAGAUAACUGAAGGAUGUUUCACUUCUCCUGCCUGAUGUCAGUCUGCUUUGGUACAGCCUGACUCCUCUCGGGGUGUGAGCAAUACCCCACGCUGCCUCCGGUUGGAUGAAAGGAACUAGAUCAGCUGGCAAAACCCAUCCCUGUUUUAACUGUCUAUGUGACUCUGACUUUUUUUUUUUUUUUUUUUUUUUAUCUGGCUUUGCCCUCUCUCCCCCUGUCUUCUUUCUCAAGUGUUGGAAGAGAGGGAUCUUCUGUCUCACUCAGUUGGCAAGGCUUUUUCUACACGAUGAAGAAUUUCUACUUUUGUGGCUCUUGGUGGUUGGGUGGUGGGAGAGAGGGAGCUCAGCAGAAACCCGGUAAAAGAAUCAGUGUUUGAAAGGAGGGCAACGGGCAGAUCCUGAGCCUGAGGAGACUGCAAGGACCACUUGUCACCCAGUUGGUGCCAGCUGUAGGUAAAGUCUUCCCCUGUCUACUGUGCAGCCUGUCCCUCUACAACACCUUCUUUGAGGGACUUCCAUGUACUGGUCUCUCUGUGUAUACCAAACCACAUUCAACUUAAUCCUGUUUUUUUCUUUAGUUCCCAGAUCAUUCUUUAAUCACAGUUACAUUCCCGUGCCAAAAUGUUUCUGCCACUUUUCCACCUUGACAGUGGCAAUAGCAGCUUUGUUUCAAACAGCUGCUGCCUCCCUCUCCCUAACAUGGAUUGGAGAUCCUCUUUCCCAGGUGAGAAGUGCUGACCACUGGUGUUAUCUCCCUUCUCUGGGAAAGGGAUUUGCUUCUCCUCUCACCUGUGGGCUCCGGUGCCAGUGACUGAAACACUUCCGAAUGUCAGAAGCAGUUGAUAACCUGCCUGCUUCGCUCCCAGAGGUGGACAGGGUAUCUGGGAAAUGGCUGCUGCUCUUGUGCUGGAAGCUGCCUCGGUGAAACGGCAUCCUACCGAGUUGUGUGGGGAGGUCGGGGCUUGCUGUGAACGUGGGCAAACUGAGCCCCUGAAGAGCAGCACUCUGGCCAGGGCUGUUUCUGAGCUCUCCCAUGUCUUUAUACUUCAUGGUGUUAGCAUGUCUCCCAUCCUCUCUUUAAAGUCUUAUCCCUACCCUCUUCCCAUGUCAACAUAAUUUUGCAACUUGUUUCUGCCCUCCUGGAGGGGAGGGCAGCUUCUCUCUCCUCCUGCAUCAAUGUGCUUUCUGCUUAAAUUUACUGCGUCCUGGAUUCUUUUUUUUUUUUUUUUUUUGUAAGCAUUUAAUAAAAUUUGAGGAAGAUGUU